AUGUGCGCCUACGAGGAGUAUAUCUUUACUUGCGGCCACGCGAGGUAUGGCCUCGUAUGCUACUGCCAUCGCGCCCGCAACCACCCGACCCGCCGCUGCGAUUUUGUGAAGACGCUCGACAAGAUCUGGCAUCAGGGCAGGCUGUGCGAUCCCUGCCAAGCCGCGUGGGCGGCAUGCCAUCAGAGCCAGGGACAGGGUCAGGGUGAGGGUCAGCGUCAGGGCCAGGGGCAGGCUAGAUACCGGUCGACUACCAUCUGUUGGGAGGGUGGUGGGUUUAUUCCCCUCGCCGACGUUUCUAUUCGGCACCAUUGCUUCUAA